AUGGUUGGAACUGUGUUCACGUCUGAAGCGGAAAGGCUGAGGCAUGCCCGUAGAUCUAUGGCUGCUGUAGGAGGAGAUCAAGGAGAAUGCCCAAAGUCUGGUGGAGGAUGUCCCGUGAAUGCCGAUGGAGGAGUCAAUCCUUUAAAUAAUGAACUGGAGCACCCAAACCAGAAGCCAGCGCCUGAUCAACCGUUUCCUUUACCGUUGAAACGUGAAAAGUCGACGAUUCCCAAGGCAUUUUUCAACACACCUUUCAGUGAGUGUGCCGAGCCAAAGUUGAAGAGUUUUAAAGGAGACGCGAAGAAUAUAUCACCUCGCGCUCGAUUCCGUAAUUUGUUCCUGGGCUAUAAUCUGCCAUUUGAUCGACAUGAUUGGAUAGUUGAUAGAUGUGGAGUAAAGGAGGUACAAUACGUUAUCGAUUAUUACGAUGGUGGUUCAGUAGAUCCUCGUUCGAAAUUGUUCACGAUUCUGGAUGUGAGACCGGCGUUAAAUGAUUUCGGGAAUAUUUGGGAUAGAAUGGUCGUUGCCUAUUGGCGUUUCAAAUUUGACGUUUUGGGAAUGACACCAAAAUUACCUAUUCCUCCAACAGAAGAUGAUGUACACGCUUGA